AUGACUACUUCGGUUCACACGCAGCCACCUCUCCCCGCCUCCGAAAGUUUUCCAGCAGAAGGCAGCACAAACAGCAAAGGAAUGGCAAUCCCUAUGAGCUUUCCAGGCGGACCCACUCCGGCUCGAGUUCCCCAGGAUGUCGACGCCAGCUCAUCUGCCUCCGCCCCGUCCAAAGAUGUCCCCGUUAUCUCCGCAUUAGUCCGCCAAGUGAAACCGACACCUCAUAUCAACACACCGGGCCUUCGGGCCAAAGUCUCCUUUAUGACGAGUAUCGAAACUCCCAAUGAAGAAACAAUGGUUCGGUCACUGCACCCUUCAUUAGCGAGUUGCGAACAGGUUUCCGUUAUUGAACAUGGUCCGGUAGAGACACCCCUAUGGCUCGUUAGUGCUAGUAGUGCGAAGAACAUCAAAAGCACACAUGCCGCCGGCAGGGAAAUACACGUCCUGCCGAAACACUUUGUUCCACCUCUUUCACUUGCAGGGGUGCCGGUGCGUUAUACGACUAUCAAGACUAUAGACCCCCGGACUUUUCUGCCGCCCCAGCAUAUCAAAUCAAUUCGUGAUGCCUUCCCUGGUUCCGUAGGCGCACAAGUACUUCUAACUGGUUGGCUGUUAGUUGUGUUUCCGGAGAAGAAAUCACUAGAGGCAUGCUGGGCCAAGGGUGCCCCAGACGAGGUCGGUGGUUUACGUGUCGGGUAUAUUCUAGCAUCGUUACAUGGCACAGCUGAAAUCGUCGAGUCUGGUCGAGGCGUCAGCGAUAUGCCAGGAGACUUCGACCAGCAGGCGGCACUGGGCCUACGAUUACGGCUCCCAGGUGGCCUGGAGGCAAUAACGACAGUGACACAUGCAUUUGUGCGUCUUGCCGAUCCCAGAAUGUCAAACAGAAGAAAACGUCUCAUGGACCAUAUCUUAGCCGCGAAAGAAUUCCUCAAGCGGAUGCGACCACCGCCGAGACAGGCCCCACAGGCCGGCAUUAUCCACUCGAAACGGUUUGCAAACUCACCGCUUGACAAAGAAGUAUGGUUAGGCGGAACAAAUACCUGUAUCGGCACUAUUACAGUCACGUACGACCGAUUGUCAAGACACCGCCUUAUUCCAUAUCCAUAUGGAUUUCAACACGAUCUAAGUUUGGUCACCGGACCGAAACUCCCCCAGCUGACGAAUCCCCCGAACACCCCCCGUGUGACAGAAUGGGGUCCGUAUGAAGAGGCGCUUCAAGGCCGGCCGGUCUUCGUGCACCGCUACAAUGUCGGAACGGGAAGCUGGUACACCUACCAAGGCCACGGGGUAGCAACACAGGCCCAGCAGUGUAUCGUCCAUGGGACCCAGUACAGCUGGGAGGAAAGGACACGGGCCCAUGCUACAGCUUUGUUAUGGAGGACAGUUAGAGAUACUGAUAGCGUUCAACGAGCAUCAGGCAGUGUCUUAUGCUUAGGCGAGCUACAGCACGAGACGGCCAGAGCACUCCUCUUCCAGAACUUCCAGGGACCCCUAAUGGCUAGUGAUCAUGUGGAGAUCGAUGAAAAAGAGGAUUCCCCUUCCUUUAAAGGGGGAUUCCUCUUGCCUCAAGAGAUCAGAGACUCGCGGAUCAUUACGGCAAAAUAUGUACAUCCUGAAGACUUCCGCACUCCCCAGAGGAGCUCCAACUCGGGGGUCCCUAUGCAGCAACAUGGUAUGACGGUGUAA